AUGGCUACCUCCAUAUUCAAAGAGUUUACGCUGGGGGGCACGCUAGGAGUCACCCUUCUCGGCGCCUGCGUCUCGUCCAUGCUCUAUGGUGUGACCUGCCUUCAGACAUUCACUUAUUACCGCUCGAAAAAGGCCAAAAACGACAGUUGCUGGCUAUAUAUCAUGACCCACGGCAUCGGCGGCCUGUCCAUCUCCGUUGCCACCGAAGUAACACUGUCGUUCUCGCUUGCAUACCUCCUCCACACUCAUCGCACGGUUUAUCGGCGGUCUAAUGAUAUGAUUACCAAGCUCAUCACGCUCACUGUCACCACUGGGAUGCUAACCACGCUCACGAACCUCGUGGAUCUCAUCGCGUAUGUGACUGUGCACAACAACCUCUACAUCCUCUUCUUCAACUUUUUGCUUGGGAAAUUGUAUGCAAACGCUAUCCUGACGUCGUAG